UGGCACCUCCGCCUUGGACAUAAUGGCGCCGUCCUGUGGUGUAUUUUUGGGGACAAGGACAAGCUCGACACUACUUGUCAGUGGUGUUUUCAUAAACAUGGCGAGGUUUUUGAGGCCUAAUAUCAGGACUUUUGUCACCUCACAGCUGAGAAUGUCAUCCGACCAGCUGGGUGAGCUGGGUAAAGGUGCCGGGAAAGGUGGUGGUGGUGGAGGCUCUAUCAGAGAGGCAGGUGGAUCCAUGGGGAAGAAGCAGGCUGCAGAGGAGGAGAUGUACUUCAAGCGCAAGGAGAAGGAGCAGCUGGCAGCACUAAAGCAGCACCAUGAGGACGAAAUUGAUCACCACAAAAAGGAGAUUGAACGUCUCCAGCGCGAGAUUGACCGCCACAAGGGAAAGAUCAGAAAGCUGAAGCAUGAUGACUGAGUGAAGCCUUUAAAAUAAAACAAAAGUUUUGUUUUUUUUCUCCUCACUGUCCAAGACUCAUUUAGUAACCACACUAGUUUCUGCGUGCACUGUGUUAUGCCAGUCAUGAAUGUUUGAGUGAUGGUACUUAUGUAAAUUCUUGAAAGGUAUUAAAAUUGAUUAAAAGAAAUGAGUACGGGUUCCAUGGCAUGCUCUCCAAGAACAUUUUCCUGUGUGAUGUUGUUCAUUGGUGUGCCGUAUGUCACAGGUACAAUGCCAAAGUGAAAAAGACUAAAUAUAAUCUGUGCUUCAUGCAACUGUUUUAUUUCAGUGAACAGUUUGUGAACUUGUGAGAAACAUUGUUUUCAAUGAGCAACAAUAGGCAGCAAAUCAAGUGAUAAAAUUGACUAAGCUGCAACCAGCACACCUUUAAUGUGAGAUAUAAAAAUGGUAAAAAAAAAAGAUAAUUAAAGUUAUCUGGCACCACAAA